UUAACAACUCUGAAUACAAAAUCAUCUAAUGCGGAUUUUAAGCUGGCAACAUGCACCAAAUGCCAUCCAUCCGAAGCCUAUAAAAUUACAGGAUAUCCAGAGCGAAUUCCCACCUGACCAAGAAAAAAAUUUAAAAAACUCACCCAGUAAAUUUCUCAUGGCCAUCUUUGGCGUCGUGUAUAUAUUUCAACGAGGCCUAUCUUUCAUAACUACCUUGGAAGCCAUGAUGCCAGGCGCUACAAUCUUGUUAGCCUUUGCCAUCGUAAUCUACAUUUUGCUUCUACCCACGUCAUGGGGUCAAACCUCCUCGCCUCUGCAACCAAUACCCACAGAUUCCACCGCUCUCUUCUGUGCUCAAUCUCCCUGUUCACCAAAUGAAAAUGAGGGCCAUGACCUUUCCAAUUGCCAGCAAUGGAAAGAAAACGUAGAACAAUUAGACGAGAAACAAGACCCACAUCUGCUUGAACGUAUUUCUUCUCUAAACCAUGAAUUCCCUGUUUCCAUGGCUGAUGCUCCGAACAAAAGCAAUGCAGAUAUACCAGGGGCAGGGGAAACGGACUCUUCGUCACUUGUCCCUGCUUUUUACAUUUUUGGGGACUCCACUGUAGAUAGUGGGAACAAUAACUAUUUGGGUACUUUUGCUAGAGCUGAUGUCCCUCCCUAUGGCAGAGAUUUUGAUACCCACAUGCCCACUGGCAGAUUCUCCAAUGGCCGCCUCACUGUAGAUUAUUUGGCUCUGUUCAUGGGACUGCCAUUUGUUCCAACAUAUCUUGGAUUGGGUGGAAUGGUGGAGAAUAUGAUGCAGGGUGUUAAUUUUGCAUCUGCAGGAGCGGGGGUUUUGUAUUCCAGCGGCGCUGAUUUGGGGCAGCACAUAUCCCUAACGCAGCAAAUCGAGCAAUUCUCAGAAAUGGUGCAAGACAUGUCACUGUAUUUCGGCGAAGAGCAAUCAAGACAGAGAAUAUCCAAGUCUAUAAUCUACGUCUCCGUUGGCAGCAACGAUUACAUUCACUUCUACCUGCGAAAUGUCUCGGGAAUUCGAUCCCUGCACCCCCCUUGGAAGUUCAACAAGCUGCUCGUUCAAGGCAUCAGAAAUGAAUUGAUGCAUUUGUACAAUGCGAAUGCGAGGAAAAUGGUGUGCAUAGGAAUGGGGCCUCUGGGCUGUGCUCCGCACUUCUUAUGGGAAACAAACAGUCCCAAUGGCGAAUGCGUAGAGGACAUAAACAACAUGAUUAUAGAGUAUAACUAUGCCUUGAAAUACAUGGUGGAAGGCCUCAACUCCAAACUUCCUGGUGCAAAUAUAGUCUUCUCUGACAUAUAUGAGGGACUGAUGGACAUCCUUAAAAAGCCCAAACAUUAUGGGUUCCAGUCUGUGAGUAACGCAUGCUGUGGGUUGGGGAAAUUUGGAGGAGGGAUCCUCUGUGCAUUUUCCAAUGUGGCGUGCAACAAUGCAACCGGCUAUGUGUGGUGGGACCAGUAUCACACCACUGAUACAGUUAAUUCAAUCAUGGCGGACAAUCAGUGGAAUGGCAAAUAUAAGAACAUUACCCAUCCUAUGAAUCUCUAUGACCUGGUAAUGGCCGAUUCUUGAUUUGCCUUCUUUCUCUUUCCAUGGAGAUUCUUUUUCCUUAUUCAUUUCUCCAGACAGCACAACAUCUGGAUGUCAAUUGAUAAAAUAUGCAGAAUAUGUACAGUUCAUUUUACAAUAACCUUAUGUUUUAUCACUGUGGGGUUAAACCAUUAUAAGAUCAAAGGUAGUUCAGAGGACAAUUCACCAAAAAAUUAUGAUGUUGAUCUUCUUUUAUGAGGCUUGAUGGCAAGUUCUCUGGUUUUCUCAACAUCUUAGAUAGUUUAUGGGUAUCUUUUUGCAAUGCUGAUAUUGUGCUUUGAAUUUUGAUAGGUGUUUUUGUAUUUUUUCAAUCAUCUCUGUAAGAAGCAACAUAAUUGUCUCA